AGGGGAGAACGUGGAAGAGGCCUUCCUAGAAGCAGCAAAGAAGAUCUACCAGAACAUUCAGGACGGCAGUUUGGACCUGAACGCCGCAGAGUCCGGAGUCCAGCACAAACCGUCGGCGCCGCAGGGCGGGCGCCUCAAUGCCGAUGCCCAGCCAGCUAAAGAAGGCUGCAGCUGCUAGCUGUAGCUGCUAACCGCUAACCGCAGCGCCUCGGAACGGCCAACCGAUGGACAAACACAGACCGGGUCUGCCACCCCGAACUGGAUCACACGCAACUCCGGCUCGGUCCAAACACCUUUAGUCGAGUCCGUUCAGGACCCAGAACACACAUCAUCCAUCCGCCUUCAUGUACCGUAAACCUGGUCCAGGUGGUCUUCAGGGCCCGCCUCUAAUCCAGAUCAGUAUUUGAUAAUCCAGUUCUGGACCUGCUUUAAUCUAAACUGUAUCCAAACAAAACCCAAAUCCAGAUUAAACUGCUCUGAGGUCCAUAUUUAAACCUCAGCCCGCCUCACUUUCUCAGAUCAGAACCGAGCCGCUGCAGUCCUAUCACCAGAACAGAACCCGGCCCCAAAGGUCCGGACUUCUGUUGGUCCAGAUCCACCAAAAACUUAUACAAAUUCAAAACCACCUAAAUAAACAGCAGACUCAGAUUUGGACUCAUUUACAGCUCGGAACACGGGUUUAACAGAACCUGACUGAGUCCAGUCUGGACCAGAACCGGGUCACGUCCACACCGAGACAAACGGGUCCAGUUUGAUAUAAAAUCUCAACAGUUGACUUUUUAAAUUCAAUCUGGACUUUUAAACCGUCCUGAGCCUGAACUCCAGCUGGACCGGUGCCGGUCCACAUUAGAACCGUCUUCGGCUCCCAAUCGGGUCUCGCGAAAACUCUUGACACCAUUCAUAGGUCAUCCUUUCUGCUGGAACCGGUCCUUGGGCCAGAACCAGCUGUUGGUCAUUGUUAAAAGGCUCAAACUGGGACAAACUAGAAAACUGUUUCAAAAGAACCUCGUGAAGAACUCCUUCAGAACCCGGACCACCUGGUUCCUCAGAGAGCACCAGCUGGUCCGAAUGAUGCUCGGGUCCGACUCAGGAAAAGGUUCUCCAGGUUUAGUCUGAGAUUUAAAACGUUCCGACAAUAAGUCCAAAAUUAACGUCAACCCCAAACAUUCCUAAAACCAGAACCACGGUUCUGGCUCGAGGUGUCUGGGUCCAAAUCCGAUGCUACCAAAUCUAAAUCCGCAUCAUUCCAGCACCCGGUUCUGAGAUUUACCGUUGGACUUGGAUUCACGGCGUCAUUUAAAUAUUUAAUAGAAAAAUUCUUUAAACGUAAUCCUGAAAAACAAACGGCCGAGUCAUCGUUUACUUUCCUCUGCGUGGAAAUAUUUUCUUUUAUAUGAAAUUAAAAUGUUUAAAAUAUCAACUCUAAUCUCCAGAACGCUUCAGGCAGAAAUCUGGAACCGGGCCGCAGCGCCCCCGGUGGCUGGUUCUGGUUCCACACGGUCCGGUCCAACGUUAGGUUUGGUCCUGAGACAGAAACGUCACGAGGCGCUCGCUCAGGACGGAAACCGAACGUUCGUCACGUCUUCGACAACGUGUCGCCGAGCUGUGGACGACGCACGCCCGAACGCCGGGACGUUCUCCGAAGUUCUCCGAAGUUCUCCGUGGUUCUCCCACGUUCUCCGAAGUUCUCCGUGGUUCUCCCACGUUCUCCGAAGUUCUCCGUGGUUCCGUUUGAACACGUUCAAAAUAAACAAAUUCUCUCAGAUCGGUCCGACUUCGUUUCUAACAAGGACUCCAGCAACUUAGCUCAAACGUGCACGGCAGAAUAAAGUGCACGGCCUGAAACACUGAUUCACAGGUCACACCCGAACUUAAGCUGUGGCUGCUCAGACCACAGCCGUGCGCGUCGCCGUGCACGUCGCUCAAAUCUGUUAAAUUUCCCGUUUUCAGUUUUGCAGCCGAGCGCGACGCCAACACGUGCGCAAACACACGUGCACAAACAAGAAAACGUUCUUUAAAGUAGAUUUUUAAAAACGUAUUCCGACUGACCCGCCGAUAACUCAUCCAGUAAGUAAACAAAUAAACAAACAAUAAAUAAACGAGCCGGUUCAUCAGAUUUAAACCACGAGAAAAACCAAAACAACAAUUUAUGAAAAGUCAGCACUUGAUAAUCUGCUCUUAUUAGUGAAUUAUUAUUUUACUAAUCUGGAUUUAUCGUUGGACUCAGAUUUCUUUGUGUUUUCCUCCUUUAUGAAAUUUAACCGUUUUCUGACCUCACGCCGACGUGUGGUGUGGCAGGUCAGAUUCUGGUCCGGUCCCACCGGGUGAACCGGUCUCGUGGAUUAAUCCCCGUGUCUGAAACGAUGCAGCUGUCGACUCGUUGUUGGACAGGAAUUCUCUUUAAGCUGAUUUCUAAAUGAAAAGCAGACGUCGGUUUAAAAACGUCUCUCGUUCUUUGCAACACGCUCAGUUCGCUCUGAGACGCGUCUCGACUCUUAAAACCCUUUUUCUUGUGAACUUGUCGGAACCAAAGAGCGAACGUCAGAAAGUUGCUGAAACAAAAACGAAACCUUGAAGCCGUCGCCUUAAAGCUUCGCUCACCAAAGGAAACGUUCGCACGUCGUCCACAGAAAUGUUCAGACUUCCCGCCAGGCGGAGCAGAAACAGGAAGUUCAUCGUGUGAGAAUCAAAGAUGGAAGCCGGGCUGAGCCGCCGCUCGCUGGCUGAAAACUGACGCUCUGUACGUUUUCUCUUUCAAGCUUCUCACGAUUUGUUCUGGACUAUUUAUAUCAUAAACUUGUGAUUUCCUUCAGCUGUAACUUUCCACUGUCCGACCACGGGGACUCUGUUCUUUGUAAAUAAAGUUAUACAAACUGUAAAA